AUGGGGAACCAGUCUGCGGUCAUGCUGGCGUUAUUAGGGGCUCAGAGAGGAGGAAGGACUGUGGCCCCAGGCCCACUCUCACUCAGUCACCUCCUCUAUUUCUCCACAGAUCCAGUGGCACAGCCCUCCAUCAAAGCCAGCAACACCAUAGUCACAGAAAAUAAGGAUGCUGUGGUCCUGACCUGCCUCACAAAUGACACUGGGAUCUCCAUCCAGUGGUUCUUCAAUAACCAGAGUAUCUGGCUCACAGAGCGGAUGAAGCUGUCCCAGGACAACAGCACCCUCACCAUAGACCCUGUCAGGAGGGAGGAUGCUGGCGAUUAUCAGUGUGAGGUCUCCAACCUGGUCAGUUCCAGCAAAAGUGACCUCCUCAGGCUGGAGGUGAAAGACUCAGUGGCACAGCCUUUCAUCCAAGCCAGCAACACCACAGUCACAGAAAAUAAGGACGCUGUGGUCCUGACCUGCCUCACAAAUGACACUGAGAUCUCCAUCCAGUGGUUCUUCAAUAACCAGAGUCUAUGGCUCACAGAGAGGAUGAAGCUGUCCCAGGACAACAGCACCCUCACCAUAGACCCUGUCAGGAGGGAGGAUGCUGGGG